AUGGAAGUGGCAACGUACAGACUGAAGACAGUGGACAUGAAGGAAAGCAGGUUGAGAUGGUACACUUGGGACUGCGUGGGUAGAAGAAAUGCAGUGAGGAGGAGGCACAUCUUUGAUCUAGUCUUCACUGCAACAGAUGGAGCAACUGGGAAGGAGGUGAGAGAUCUAGUGAGUAGUGUGCAAUUUCUUUCUAAAUAUGGCUGGAUAAGACCAGUGAAGUGGGAAGAGGAUUCUGACCCAAAUGCCCUUCCAUCAGCAACUAACAAUCAAGAGUCAAGAGAUGUUUUUGAUGGUGUACAGGAAGAGACAUUUACAGCAAGAAAGCUAGAAAGUAAUUCCAGAGGAAAUGUAAAUGAUAAAUCAUCUUAUGUAAUGGCACUUAAAGAGUUUCAAAGGGCCAAUGGUUUACGUAUAACUGGAGAACUAGAUGAAGCCACUAAGGCUGCAAUGAACAGGCCAAGAUGUGGAGUUCCUGAUAAGAUUGCAAAAAAAGAAAAUUUAACAGAGACCCAACAACAAACUUCCUACAAUGAAAUGCCCAUUGUCAGUAACAUAACAACUCUGAACAACUCAGAGGCAGUAAUCCGUAAAAAAAGAUUUUGGGAACUACUGAUGCCCCCUGCUCGUCAGAAGAGAAGCCUUAUUGUCCUUGGAGAAAUGAGGGGAAUGACUUUUUCAAAGAGAACACUUAAGUGGAGAUUGAUAGGUGAAGGGUACAGCAGUCAAUUACCCACAGAGGAGCAGAGAUACAUUUUUAAACUGGCAUUUAGAAUGUGGAGCGAAGUUAUUCCUUUAGACUUUGAAGAAGAUGUUUCUUCUCCAGAAUAUAUGGUUGACAUUAAACUGGGUUUUGGUACAGGCCAUCAUUUAGGUUGUUCUCAGAAGUUUGAUGGUGACGGCCAUGAGUUUGCUCAUGCUUGGUUUCUGGGUGAUGUCCACUUUAAUGACAAUGAACAUUUUACAGCUCCAAACAGUGAUAAUGGAAUCAGCCUACUAAAGGUAGCAGUUCACGAAAUUGGCCAUGUGCUGGGGCUUCCUCACAUCUACAAAACGGGGUCCAUCAUGCAACCAAAUUAUAUUCCACAGACUUCAAGUGUUGAACUUGACAGUAUUGACAGAAAAAACAUCCAGCAACUUUAUGGUGCCUGUCAAGGAACAUUUGAUACAGUGUUUGACUGGGUUCGAAAAGAGAGAAACAGUUAUGGUGAAUGGAUACUGAGAUUUAAUACUUACUUUUUCCGUGCAAGUUGGUAUUGGCUUUAUGAAAAUCGUAAUAACAGAACACGCUAUGGCGAUCCCAUUAGUCUCUCGUUAGGAUGGCAAGGAAUUCCAAAAGAACAUAUUGAUGCGUUUGUUCAUGUAUGGACAAAGACUAAAGAUGCAACAUACUUUUUCAAAGGCACUCAGUACUGGAGGUAUGACAAUGACAAUGACAAGGCAUACCUGCAAGAUCCCCAAGGUGACAGAUAUCCAAAGGCAAUAUCUGAAACUUUUACAGGAAUCCCUAACCCCAUUGAUACAGCAUUCUAUGACAGAAGAGAUCAAAAUAUAUAUUUCUUCAAAAAUAAUUACGUAUAUGCAUAUGAUAUCAACAAAAAUCAAAGGGUAAAUGGAUAUCCAAAAAGGAUAAAUGAAGUAUUUCCAGCAGUAGUACCUGGUGAUCACCCUUUUAGCAAUCUUGAUGCUGUUUACUUCUCAUACAGCCAUAACUCAAUUUUCUUUUUCAAAGGCAUGCAUUUUUGGAAAGUUGUCAGUGAUAAAGACAGACGGCAAAACCCUUCACUGCCAUACAAUGGACUAUUUCCUAAAAGAAAUGUAACAGAACAAUGGUCUGAUAUUUGUAAUGUGCAUAUUUCAAUGCUGAGAAUGAAUUAA